AUGUUCCCUCCGGGAGAAGGAGUUGGAUUUUAUCCCUUUGAACUCCGCUCCCUCGGCGGUGGAGGGAAGCGACGCCGCUCCCCGGGCUCCCUCUUCUUCCCGCUCUUCGAGGCCUUCGUUUUUUCGGGGGCAGAAAUUCACCAAAAUCUUCGGAAUUCAGGCCAGGAGCAGAUCCAGCACCAGCCCCUCUCCAGGUGGAGGACGUGGCGCUGUCCGGCCCCUUCGUGCCUCAGUUUCCCCGCGGUGACCCCGCUCUCUGCGGCCAUCCGGCCAUCCCUCAGGAAUGCCAACUGGCCCCCGCUGGGUCCGGCCGGGAGGGAGAGCGAGGUGGGAAAUGAGCCGGGAAGGAAACUCGGGUGGAAGUUGGGAGUUAAACCAGAAAGGAAAGCGGGAAUCGAGCUGGGGGGCGAUCCCGGGAGAAAGAUGGGGAGCGAGCUGGGAAAUCAGCCGGGAAGCGAAGUGGGAAUGGGGCCGGGGGACAAAUCGGGAAGUAAAUCAGGAAGCAGGCUGGGAAUCAAAUCGGGAAAUAAUCCAGGGAGCAAAUUGGGAACCGAGGUGGGGAAUGGGUCGGGAAGCGAGCCGGGAACUGAGCUGCGAAACAAGCUGGGAAGUAAACUGGGAAUUAAGYCAGGAAGCAAGCCAGGAAUCCAGCUGGGAAUUGAUCCGGGAAGCAAACCAGGAAGCGAGCUGGGAAGUGAGCCGGGAAUUUUGCCGGGAAACGAGCUGGGAAUUUUCUGCCCCGAGGAGAAGGACGCGCCUGGCCCGAGCUCCGGGAGUUCCGCGGGGAUUCUCGCUGCCCGGACGGCGGGGGACGGGUGCGCCCAGAGCACGGACACGGAGCCGGCCGGCCGAGGCGGGAGCGGGGAGGCCGAGGGCMGCAGGGGGACAGUGCAGACCCUCAGCGUCACCUCCAGCCUGGGGCUGCUGCUGCGGGCCAGCGGGGCGGGCUCGGACUCCGCCUACUCCUUCUCCUCGGUGGCCAAGAUCCAGGUGGAGGAGAACUUCAUCCGGGAGCGCCGCGACAGGGACAGGGACAGCGACAGGGACAGUGACAGCCCGCGCGGGCCCGGCCUCCGCGGCAAAGUCUACGACUACUUCGUGCAGUCCGUGUCCGAGGCGGUGUCCAARCGGACAGCCCUGCCCUUCAUCCCUGCGGGAACGUCCCGGAGCGGCGCAGAGCGGGGCCAGGGAGAGCCGCGGAGCUCCGGAACGCAGAAUCCAGCUUUGGAAAUUCCCGAUCCCGACACCUCCAGGGCAGCUCCGCCGCCCGCGAGGGGCUGGGACAGCCCUCCCGAGCCGCCUUCUCCCGGGAUCGCCGGGAGCCCGCAGAUCCCGCUGCCCACGGAGGGCGCUGGGGUCCCGGCUGCGGGUCCUGACCCAUCCCGAGUGCCACCACCCACCUCGGUGCACCUGGGGAACUGCUACGAGGUCCUGCGCUCGGCCAAGGCGCGGCAGCUGCGGGCCCAGCAGGACGCGGCCCUGCAGGUGAUGAGUGACCACUACCUGCAGGUGCUGCGCUCCCCGGACAUCUACGGCCGCCUCAACGCCGGCGAGCGGGAGCUGCUCCUGCGGCGCAGGACGCGCGGGMGGCCCCGCCUGGUGGUGGCCGACGUUCCCCCGGCCGAGCCCGGCCACCACCGCGGCCGCCUCUGCUACUACGACGAGGACGGGGACCGCUGGUGCCACCUGAGCCACAUCCCGGCCGAGGUGGCGUGGCGGGGCUGCGCCAUGUGCAGCAUGUUCAAUUACCUGUUCGUGGCGGCCGGCUGGGAGGGCGCGGCCGGACAGCCCAGCCCCUCCCGCCGCGUGCUCUGCUACGACCCCAUGGCCGAUACCUGGAGCGACAUCUGUCCCCUGCGCCAGGCGCGGCCGCGCUGCCGGCUGGUGGCCCUGGACGGCCACCUCUACGCCAUCGGCGGCGAGUGCUUGGCCACGGUGGAGCGCUACGACCCCCGGCGGGAYCUCUGGACCCCGGCRKCKCCRCUGCCCGGGGACACCUUCGCCGUGGCCCACGCGGCCGCCGCGUGCGCCGGGGACAUCUACGUGACCGGGGGCACCCUGCGCUCGCUGCUGCUGCGCUACGACGCCCGCGGGGACAGCUGGGCCACCGGGCCGGCCCUCGGCGACGAGGACGGGACUGCCGAGCUGGUGAGCGCUCACGGCUUCCUGUACCGCUUCCAGCUGCGGCGCGGCGCCGCCGGGGCCGCCGAUGUCACCGUGUCGCGCUGCAGCGCCAGCGCCCGGCUGUGGUACCGCUGCGCCAGCCGCCCCCUGCCCGACCCGGCCGGGCUCCGCUGCGCCGCCCUGGGCGGCCUCGUCCACUGCCUGGGCCGCGGGUUCCACCUGCGCUUCCUGGCCGACCCCGUCUCGCCGCGCUUCGGGAGCCGGGAGCUGCGGCCCUUCCCGGCGCCGCACGGGAGCCUCCUGCCCGCGGUGCUGGUGCUGCCGGASGGGCGGGCGGAGCCGCCGCGGCUCUGAGGGGUCCUCAAGGAGCGGUGCUGCCCCGAGAAGGAGCCCCAAGAUGGAGGAGGAAACACCAGCCAGGGGGAGAAGCAGCCCCCGGCCGGGUGGAGGAGGAGUCCCCGGCCAGAGAAGCAGCCCGCAGAUGGAGAAAGAGCCCCCAGCCAGAGGAAGGAGCCUCCGGAUGGAGAAGGAAACKCUGGCUGGAGAAGGAACCCCCGGCCAGGUGGAGAAGAAACCAUCGGUCGGCCGGGGAAGGAGUCCCAGAUGGUGAAGAAGCCUGCGGGCAGGUAGAGGAGGGGCUCCCAGCCAGAGAAAACGCUCCCGGACGGAGAAGGAGCCCCCAACCGGAGAAGGAAUCUCUGGAUGGAGAAGGAACCCCCAGAUGGAGAAGGAACACUCGGCCGGAGGAGCUCCCGGCCCGAGGAAGGAACCCCCGGGUGGAGAAAGAGCUCCUGGUCGGAGAAGGAGCCCCCGCAUCUCCGAGCCGUGAGGGCGGGGCUGCUCAACCCAAACCCUCCGUGGACUCCGCAUCUUCGCCCUCCCCGGGCUGGAGGAAGAGAUCAAACCUUGGGACACGGCCAAGAAUGGCAGCGGGAAGAGCCGGGAGGGGCCGGGCGGGCUCGUUUGCUCAGGGGUGUUCAAACAGGGGCGUGUUUGUUUAGA